AUGGCAGCCAUGGAGUCCUCCAUCUCCCUUGCUCGAACGCUUGACCCCCGACUCCUCCGCUUCUUCACCCGAUUUCCACCACCAGCACUUCGAGGUCUCUCGCAAACACCACAAUCACCAUCCCCAGAAACAGUGCAAAUAGCAGAGAACACCUCCUCAAUGGACCCCAACGAGGGCGCCGCAACAUCCACAAUAACACCAACACCGAAUUCAUCACCCUCACCCUACCCCACUACCAACGACGGCCGCAAACACAACCCUUUCCUCCCCUUCCGCAACCCCAGUACGGGAAACUGGCACUCCCCCCACUACUCUCUCCGCCGACAAGCCGUGCUGUUCAAACUCGCGCAACAGCACAACGUCCUUCCUCUGAUGCCUCUAUCGCCAAAGCAUCCUGAGGUGAAAGCGACGAAGCGGUUAGAGCAAGGACUAAGAGUGAAGGGGACGGGAGAGGGACAGAAAGUCAAGGGGAAAUUGUGGGAGCGGACAUUGCAGGGACGCUUGGAGGCGAGGAGGAAGGCGAUGGAGGGGAUGCCGGAGAUGGUACGGCAGUGGAAGGAGAGGGGUCAUGGCAGAGGGUGGAAGAAGUGGCCGAGGUGA